CAAUCACUCACUUACUCAGUCAGUCAGUCAGUCAGUCAGUCAGUCAGCUGUUGCAGGGGCCAAUUGAUCCAUUCCCAAGACCAAACCAGAGUGGUCCAACCAAGUUUUAUGGAUGGCUAUUCAACUUCUUCUUGUGGGGACCAGAGGAAGUGAUUGAUUAACAGAGUGAAGUGUGAGAGCGGGAGUGAAAGCAAGAAAGGAGCCGAGGAAGAAAGAGUGGAAAGAGUGGAGAUGAAAAUGAGAAACUGUCUUAAGACCUUCCUGGGGGAAGUGUUACUCUUGUUCUAUGGUCUGGUGUUCCUGCUCUUGAGCCAGGUGGAAAAGUUUCAAGGCCUCUUUAAGUGGGCCAAAAUGAGGCAACGGGCACAAAAGAUAUCGUCACCAGAUGAAAAACUUGGGAAAAGGACCUCGAUGAGGAACUCGUUCGUUCCACCCCAUUGUUUAGCCGAUUCGUCCCUGGGCCGACACAUGUUUGUCAAAAUUGGGAGAAAUAAAUAUCAUUAUGUGGAGUCUGGAUCCCAAGCCAGUCCAAAAGUGGUGGUUUGUCUACACGAUUUUGCCGAUUUUUGGUACGGUUUCCGCCAUCAAUUGCGGAGUCUGUCCCAAAAUAUGUGGAUCAUUGCCCUGGACUUAAAGGGCUUUGGCGAUUCCGACAAGCCCUCGGAGAUGAGCGAGUACUCCAUGAAGAGCGUGGUCGAGGAUCUCCGUACAUUCAUCGAGCUCCUGGAACAUGAGCGAGUGGUCCUCAUGGGUCACGGACUAGGAGGCCUCAUCGCCUGGAAUUUGGUGGACAAGUACCCCAACCUCAUUGAUAAGUUCAUCACACUGGCCACACCUCACCCACAAACGUUUCAAACCAGAAUGAACAAGAACUGGACGUGCAUGAAGAAACACAGAAAUUGGUUCCUUUACCGCCUUCCUCUGUAUCCUGAGCGCCAUCUCGCUCAAAGUGGUCAAGAUCUCUUCCGAGACAAGAUGGCUCGAAAAACUUACACCAAUCUAGUGACCUAUUCUAAUAUGGACUUGGAGGCUUAUAAAUAUUCAUUUUCCCGGAAAAGCGAUUGGACGGGUCCAGUGAGCUAUAUUCGUAACUUUCCAUCUCAUCCUUGGAUCCCAAUCGCUCUCUCAGGCGGAAUCAUCCAAGUACCCACGCUUUUCAUUAUUGGAGGUCAGGAUACAGAGAGUGACCUCGAAACCAUCUGCCAGUCCUCUGAGCAUGUGGAGAAAUUUGCCAUGAAAAUUGUGGACGAGGCUGGCCACUCGCCCCAUCAAGAGCAGCCCAUCAUAGUGAAUCAACACAUUCUCAGAUUCCUCCAAGAUGAUCCCAAGAAUGGUUGCCCAACACCCCUAGAGAAUACGGCUCGGAGGAAAUCGAUUUUUGAAUCUCUUUACCGCCAUUCAGUGGACGGUGUGUCCAGUACAAUGGGCCGAAUGUCAAGCAGUGUCACAGGCGUGGGCUCAAAAAUAUUGGUGUCCAGCUCGCCUCAGUUGGUUCGAAGUGCUUUGGGCAUGCCUCUUCUCAGCAAAAGUUUCAGCUUGGAAUCCCUACAAACAACGCCGGAAGAGACUGAAUUUCCUCUCAACGUCAGACCGGGGGAAUCUUUUUGAACACAAUCAUGAAAUACAUACAGUCCGCACUAA